AUGUGGCUGAUAAGUUAUUCUGAAGCUACAAAAUGUGAGAAAUCUUCACACGAGAUCAUUUUCCCAAACCCAAAACGCUACAGUAAACCAACAGUUAUCAUAGUUUUGGUGAACAACUUCAUCAAGAACAGACAAGUCGAUCAGAGUUCCCAUGGAUGGGAGGAGCCCAAGCGGGAUGCUUCACCAACUUUUGCUAUUCUUAAACAGUUAAGUAGGGAAUAUAUUUCUAGUGGCCGUGUUCCAGUUGGCACUUACAUCAUGGCCAAAGAUGCAGAUGAACCGGUGUCUUUCACAGACACAAAUGCUGAAACUGCUGCCGGAAAUAACAAGGCUACUGGAUCUGCGAUGAUGGAUCUAAUUAGUGGACUACAGAGAAAACGGGGUGGAGGCUCUUCAAAAGAAUCGAGUGGCUCAACUGGUGACGAGAAGAAAAAGAAAAAGAGAAAGAAGAAGAAUGUAAAACGAAAAAGAAGAAAGGAUCGUUAUGAAUCGCAAAACUUUCUUUUGCGUAUUGAAGGCACACUUUGCUGCGCAUCAUUAGUGGUUGCUCUGAUCUUCAUUAUUGCAAUUUUCAUCGUGUUUCUCAUUUGUGGAAUUUGGAGCAAGUUUGAUUUCACCGCUACCACAGACUCGGUGAAAGAUGUGUGA